GGUUGUUGGGAGGGUCUGUGGAGAAAAGGCCAGCGCGUGGCUCCGGGCCUGGUGCCUGGGAAGCCCAAUCGAUGCGAGGCGUCUUCUUAGGGCUGAUGUAGACGUUUCCACCGCAGAGUGCUCCAGGAUGACCUUCAGCCCCUCCAACGCUCUGCAGUCAGGCUUUGGGGGUGGGGUCCAGUGAUAACAUGCAGCCAGAACCAAAGACCAGACUGGACGGCAGGUUGAGGAGGUGUUUGUAGCUAAGACGCCUCUAACUUGGAGACCAGGGACUUUUAUUUGGCCUAAACAAUGCGUUUAGCAGUUGCCAACAUUUAAAAAUGGACAGCUUUCAUGUUUUUAAAAAAUGUUUAAAAUUCCUCCUGAGAAACGGGAAGACCUGGCUGGCCGCGUGGAAUAUUUUUCCAUCAUAGCACUUUCCACAAGCUACAAGUACCUUAUUUAUCUGGUUGUGUUGUGGUUUGUUUGUUUUGUUUUGUUUUGUUUUUUUCCUUUCUCCCUGGGCAGGGUGCCAGAGUGUGUGGGAUGAAAGCGUUGAGAAGACUAUGCACUGUGUGAAAAGUAAUAAAGGGAAACCUCACAAAAGUGGAGUCAGGAAAUGAGGAGGAGGAACACUUUACAGUCAAUAAAGUCCCAACAUCAAGAGGCAUACUUGACAUCGCUGGCCGGAAGUUUCCGGCAGCAGGAAGGAAAAAAGAUUUUCUCCUUGCCUGGCAACAGCUCAACCAAUGAGAGACUGUCACAACUCAACCAAUGACAACUCAUUAUACUUUCAACUCCCUGGUGUCUUCCAAUGUGCAUAUUGUUUAUAACAACCCACCUGACCUUCCCUUCUCUAUAAAGAGUCCCCUCUCCUUUGCUUAGCAGGAGUUGUAAGUGGUUCCCCGUAAUUGCGUAUCCUGCAUUGCAGUCUAUGCUGCUCCCAAAUAAACCUGUUUUGCUAGUAAAAUAAAUGGCUGUUUUAUGGUUUUAGGUUAACAUUACACGGAGGUUUCACGGAGAUCCAGAGAAGACCCCCUUAAACAACUCCGAGGCUGGUGAGCAAACAGCUGCUGGUACCCACAGAGCCCACUGCUUUCUUGCCAACCUUGCAGUUUGAGGUGCACUCUUGGGAGAUAAAGACCUUAAGCAUCACACCUUUCAACCUGGAGAUUUCAUCUGUUGGAAAAGACACGUUGAGAAGGACUCUCUUCAACCUCACUAGAAAGGCCCCACCGGGUACUGCUAACCUACCCUUGUGCCACCAAACUCCAGAGAACAGAUUCCUGGAUUCAUGUGACACAUCUAAAGAAAGCACCAGACCCUGACUGGACCUGCACACCAUCUUGGGACCUGAAGCCCUCUGCGUGCACCUCACCCCAGCGCAGCCAUGGCCCUGGUCAGCAUCAACCAGCUGCCCGAGAGCAUCCUUCUGGAGGUGUUCACGCACCUGCCCGCCCGCCAGCUGCUGCUGUGCUGCCGCCUGGUCUGCAGCCUCUGGCGUGACCUCAUCGACCUCAUGACCCUCUGGAAGCGCAAAUGCCUGCGUGAGGGCUACGUCACCAAGGACUGGGACCAGCCCGUGGCUGACUGGAAGGUCUUCUACUUUCUGUGCAGCCUCCGCAGGAAUCUUCUGCGCAACCCGUGUGCCGAAGAGGAUAUGAAGUCCUGGAAAAUCGACUCCAACGGAGGGGACCAGUGGAAGGUGGAAAGCCUCCCUGGGACGCAUGGCACAGACUUUCCUGACUCCAAAGUCAAGAAGUACUUUGUCACGUCCUAUGGCAUGUGUCUCAAGUCCCAGCUGAUAGACCUCAAAGCCGAGGGCUACUGGGAGGAGCUAAUGGACAAGUUCCGACCGGACAUCGUGGUUAAGGACUGGUUCGCCGCCAGAGCCGACUGUGGUUGCACCUACCACAUCCGAGUACAGCUGGCCUCGGCUGACUACAUCGUCCUGGCCUCCUUUGAGCCCCCACCCGUGACCAUCCAGCAGUGGAACGAUGCCCAGUGGACGGAGGUCUCCCACACCUUCUCGGACUACCCUCCAGGUGUGCGCCACAUCCUCUUCCAGCACGGGGGCAAGGACACGCAGUUCUGGGCCGGCUGGUACGGGCCCCGCAUCACCAACAGCAGCAUCGUCAUCAGCCACAGGAUGCGCAGGAACCCGGCCGCCUCCGUGGCUCAGCCCGAGACCGUGCAGGGGCUCCCACUCCACCUCCACAUGCCCUGCUGACUGUCAUCGGACAGCCAUUCACCCGUCCGCCCUCUGGGCCAGCCGAGUGCCAGAGGUCCCCUCCAGGCAAGACGUGAGCCUGUAGGGGGCCCCGAGACCCAACCUGGGGCAAACCCACCAGUCUGUGAACUGACUGUCACGUAGCUCUGAUAUGUUGCUGUAAUAAAUGUUUUUGGUCAAA